AUGAUCUCCCUCGACAAGCCCGACUACACGGACGUAGUUCUACCGAUCGAUGACGUCAAAUACGCCAUCGCUAUCGACUAUGACGUAGCGGACGGGUUUGUGUACUGGACAGACGAGCAUGCAAGGGCCAUCAGACGGGCGAAAUUAGACGGAACAGGUGGAGAAUAUCUCACCGAGACAGAUCGCCCUGACGGCAUCGCAGUUGACUGGGUCGCGAGAAACCUUUACUGGACUGACACGGGCACCAAAAGAAUAGAAGUCGCCAGGUUGAACGGAACGUCCCGAAAAAUCCUGAUAGACCAAAAACUCGGAGAGCCACGAUCUAUCGCAUUGGACCCGUCAGAAGGAUACAUGUACUGGACAGACUGGGGCGAGAAGCCCCGAAUCGAGAGAGCAGAACUGGACGGCAGCAACCGUAAUGUUCUGGUCAAUACAUCCCUGGGCUGGCCAAACGGUCUAGCUAUUGACUACUCAGCCAGGAAACUAUACUGGGGCGAUGCUCAGACCGACAAAAUCGAAUACGCCAACCUGGACGGCACUAACCGGAAAACCCUGUUGGAUAAAGCUCUACCUCACAUCUUUGGCUUCAGUUUGCUGGGUGAUUACAUCUACUGGACGGACUGGCAGAGGCGCAGCAUAGAGCGGGUACACAAGACUACGGGAGAAGACAGAAAGGUUCUAGUGGACCAACUUCUGAAUCUCAUGGGACUGAAAGCAGUGAAUGUACAGAAAACAGGAGGCUGGAACCCCUGUGCGGAGAACAACGGCGGAUGUAGCCACCUCUGCCUGUACCGGCCUACCGGAGUCUCCUGUGGCUGUCCAACGGACAUGGAGCUCCUCAACACCGACGGACGCACUUGCAUCGUCUCUGAGGCCUUCCUGUUCGUUCUGCGCAGCAGCGACGUCAGAAGAGUAUCACUGGAAACCCAAAACAAUAAGGACAAAGUGCUGCCUAUGCCGGACAUGAAAGUAGCGAGCUCUUUUGACUUGGACAUCAGCGACAACAGGAUCUACUGGGCUGAUGUCAAUCUGAAUACCAUAAGUCGAGUCUACAUGAACGGCAGUAGUGCUGAGAAGAUUGUCCAGUCUGGGCUUGACAGCCCACAGAGCAUCGCGGUGGACUGGGUCGCCCAAAAUCUGUACUGGGCGGACACGGGAACCGACCGGAUCGAGGUGGCGCGGCUGGACGGGUCGUCCCGAAAAGUGCUGGUCUGGCAAGACUUAAAGAGCCCAUGGUCACUGGCGCUAGAUCCAGCCUUCGGAUACAUGUACUGGUCUGCGUGGAGCACUGAACCUAAGAUAGAGCGAGCCUCUAUGGAUGGGUCCAACCGCCUCGUCUUGCUGGACGGAGUGGGUCGUGCUAACGGACUGACCAUCGACUACCAGGACAGACGGCUAUACUGGGCAGACCUGGACAACAACCUGAUAGAGUCUUCUAACAUGCAAGGUGAUGAUCGUCGCCAGGUGAUAUCAGGCACCAGGAUGAUUUUUACCUUGACGCUGUACCAAGAUUACGUCUACUGGACAGACCCGGCGGCACCUGGCAUCGAAAGAGCCAACAAGGUGACGGGAGAAAAUCGAACCUUUAUUCAUCAUUACCCUAAAGACAAGGAGGGAAGCAUCAAGGACACCCUAGUGUUUCACUCCUCCAGACAGCCAGGAUCUUCUAACCAGUGUGCUGUUAAUAAUGGCGGAUGUCCCCAUCUGUGCCUGGCCACCGCCAUGUCAGCGCCUACACCAACCUCUGCUGAAGCUCCUCUGGAUCUGCUUGUCAAAUGUGACUGUCCGUCACAUUGGACGCUGGACUCCGACAACAGAACCUGUCAUCCUCCACAGUCGUUUUUGCUGUUCAGUCAGAAGAAGCAGAUCAGCCGUAUAGUGAUUGACGAACAACAGAGUCCGUACAUCGUUCUACCCUUCCACCAACUGCGCAACGUUAAGACCAUCGACUACGAUCGUGUUGGGGAACACAUCUACUGGAUCGAUGGUCGCAUCAAACAGAUAAAGAGGGCUGCAAUCAACGGUUCUGAUGUCAUUAGAGUGGUGUCGAACCGUGAGUUCAACCCGUUCGACUUUGCUAUUGAUGAGUACUCCCGCCACAUCUACUGGACAUGUUCUCAGACCAACACUAUCAAUGUCACACGUAUCGGCGAUCCUAUCACACCACUCGGCGCCGUCAUUUCUCGCGGACGCCCGCGUACAAUUGCCGUAGACCCAACCAGAGGGUGCAUAUUCUGGACCGACUGGAGUUUGGGGCCUUAUUAUCCAUCUAUUGAGAGGGCCUCCUUGGACGGGACAGAACGUCAAACGCUCUUCAACAGCGAUGACAUCAAGCAACCAGGCUCGCUCGCUAUCGACAUCAAGCACGGAAUACUGUACUGGGCAGAUAACGAGCUCAAAAGGAUCGAGAGCUCUGGUCUGGACGGUACUAACCGCCGGGUCCUAGUUGAAGAGAAGUCAGUUCAGCUGUCUGAAUUAACCAUAUAUGGCGCCCACCUGUACUGGACCGACAACAUCCAAGGGAUAAUCAAGCGAAUCGACAAGUCGACGGGCAGCGAGAGAACGGACAUUCAGACCGGGCUGGCACAAUUGAGCGACAUUGUUGGCGUCGAAAGCAUGGACGCCAGCGAAAUGAACCGACAUCCUUGUGCCGCCGACAAUGGCGGUUGUUCACACAUUUGCAUCGCGAUGGGAGACCGAAGUCGUCGGUGCUCGUGCCCACUACAUCUCGUGCUGCAACCAGACGAGAUGAAAUGUGGAGAGCCGCGAACCUGUGCACCCGACCAGUUCACGUGUACAACUGGUGACAUGGUUUGCAUUCCUUUAGCCUGGAAAUGCGACGGUCUUCCGGAGUGUUCUGAUCGCAGCGACGAGGCAGACUGUCUCAGGUGCAGGGACGACCAGUUCAUGUGCGAUGAUAAGGAAAAGUGUGUAGACGCCAAGAAAGUCUGUGACGGCAAGGCAGACUGUGCGGACAAGUCGGAUGAGCAAUGUCACAGUACAAAUGUGUGUAGGGAGGACCAGUUCAGAUGUGAGAGCGGACAAUGUGUGGACGGGGAGAAAUUCUGUAACGGCGUGGCAGACUGUACGGACCGCUCGGAUGAGAAGGAAUGUCACGAGUCAAUGUCCGAGUUUCUUGACACCCUACUGAGGAAGUACGACAGGAGGGUACGUCCAGACAUGGGGCAAACCACAGUAAACAUCGGACUGAUCCAGCGCAGAAUCCUGGCACUUGACACUGCCAAUGGGCUUCUUAUUACCCUGCAUUCCUGGAUCAACGUGGAAUGGAGAGACCAGCGGUUGGCCAUGGCGAGCACAACAAAAGGUGUGAAGAGGUUAACAGAAUUACCCACGAAAUACCUCUGGAUGCCGGACAUCUACUUGAUAUCAGGUGUAAAGGCAGAUGAGAUGCCGCUGCCCUUGACAACAGAAGCGUCCAUCUUUAGUGACGGAACCGUGCGGUAUGUCGUACCCUGGACCUUCACUGUGCCUUGUAGGAAACGGUCCAAGUCGGACUCGUGGGAAUGUCAAGUUGUGUUCCAGUCAUGGAACAAGCCGGCCAAUGAGAUAGCACUGUCUCCUACUCAGCCAUUGUUGGACGCGGAGGCCUACAACGGACACGUGCAGUGGAACGUCCAGUCCGUGUCAGCUGAUAGCCUGAUCACAAACGUGCGCGAUGAGGCGGAGAAAUCCAGACUGAUCUUCACACUGGUUGUAGCAAGGACGUUGAUGUAACGUCCUUGGUUGUAGUAAAGGCUUAAAGGAAUGUAAAACGGCUGUGCAUGUGUGUCAGAUAUAAGAUUUGCGCGGAAACCUUGUUUUUGACGUAUUCUAACUAUACUUCCUUUUUAACUAAUUCACCAAAUAAUCACUGCAAAUAAGAGUCGACCAUCAAAUGCUAAAAACUAGUUGCUAUGGUAUGGAUAUCACUUUUUUUUAUUCAUAACCUCAUAUAUAUAUAUACAUGCACGUAUUUACAGGUGCCGACGUUUCGGUGACCUUCUGUCAUCUUCUUCCGAGGAAUAAUGGCUGGUUGUACUUCUCA